AUUUUUAUCCUCCAACCAAACAGGCAUUCUGCGAGUGUCACUCUCCUUUUUCUCUGUACCGAACUCUACACCCGAGAGGUCGUCUGCACAGUAGCUAGCCGCCGUUCACCGUUAAUGCUCCUUCACACAACGUAAAGCUCACAUUUUUGAGCGACAUGGCCGUCGUUCCUAACUCUCUAAGGCUGAAGAAGCUCUUCAACCUUGAUAAUCCCAAUGAUAUCAGAAGACCACCCCAGCAACCCUUAUCACUUUUCCUGUCGACUCUCAGCGAUCUAUUUUCCAAUCCUUCAGUCUCCUCCGUCGCACCCACUUCCGUCGAUGCAGAAGGCAAUGAUGCUGUAAAACCCAAAUUAAGCUCACGCAAGCAAGCUCGAGCAAUGGCUGAGCUGAUCAAGUUCCAGCAGUGGACUCAUCAAACGGAGUCUUCUCUCACCGCUAUCUCCGGUCCUUCUCUCUCCGCGGAUACUAUUGCUCAGACCAUCAGCCUCAUCAAAGGAUCUCGGAAAGCCCUUCAGUUCUUCGCCUGGGCCGAAAAAAACGGAGUUGCAAAUACACCCCGAUGCUAUUUCGUCAUGCUGGAACUCCUCGGGAAAGAGAGGGACCUCAAUGCCGCCCGGAACUUCCUAUUUUCCAUCCCCAAGAGAUCUAAAGGUGCUGUGGAACUCGAAGCCAGGUUCUUUAACAGUCUGAUUAAAAACUAUGCUUUAGCUGGGCUCUUUGAAAAGUCCGUUGGCCUUUUCGCAACAAUGAAAUUAACCGGGGUUUCCCCAUCUGUAGUCACAUUCAACACCCUCUUCUCAAUUUUGAUGAAAAGGGGUCGAACAGGUAUGGUCUACCAACUGUAUGAUGAAAUGCACAAGACAUUUGGCGUCAACCCUGAUUUGCACACAUUUAAUAUUUUGAUUAAAGGGUGUUGCAUGAAUUCAAUGGUGAAUGAAGGUUUCAGGUUCUUCAAGGAAAUGGAGAAACACAACUGUGAGCCCGAUGUGAUCACGUACAACACUCUUGUUGAUGGUCUGUGUAGGGCCGGGAAGGUGAAAAUAGCUCAAAAUGUGGUAAAAGGCAUGGUAAAGAAGGGAUCAAAUCUGACCCCUAAUGUUGUCACUUACACCACUUUGCUUAAAGGGUAUUGCAUGACCAAUUCAAUUAAAGACGCUUUGAAUAUUUUCAAAGAGAUGGUUGAUUUAGGGAUAGAACCCAAUAAUAUCACCUAUAACAUUCUCAUACAAGGCCUUAUAGAAGCUCAGGAGUAUGAUAAAGUUAAGGAGCUAUUCAAAGUAGCUAAAAAAGAGAACAAAGGGUUCGUUCCCGACACAUGUACAUUCAACACAUUGAUCAACAAGCAUUGUGAGGAAGGUAAUCUAAAGGCGGCAUUAGAAUCUUAUGAUAAGAUGUCUCUCCUAAAAGUCCAUCCUGACUCGGCCACUUUCAGUAUCUUGAUAAGAUGUUUGUGUCUGAAGGGAGAUUUUGAGACAGCAGAGAAAUUCUUUGAUGAUUUAUUUGAGUCAGAAAUUGUUUUAUCGAAUGCCGGAUGUACACCUGUUGUUGCGGCGUUCAAUUCCAUGUUCAGAUAUUUGUGCAAUAACGGGAAGACGAAGAAGGCUGAUAAAGUCUUUAGACAGUUAAUGAGAAGAGGAAUUCAAGAUCCUUCUACUUUCAAGACUCUCAUCAUGGGACAUUGCAGUGAGGGAGCAUUUAAGGAUGGGCACGAACUUUUGGUUUGGAUGUUAAGGAGAAAUUUCCUUCCAGACCAUGAAACGUACGAAUCUCUGAUUGAUGGCCUGUUACGCGUGGGAAAACCAAAACUCGCCUAUGAUACUCUUGAAAAGAUGUUGAAAAGCUCACAUCUUCCCACAACUUCAGUGUUCCAUAACAUUCUUAUGGAGCUUGCCAAACAGGAUUGUGCUCUUGAGUGUGCUGAUUUAGUGGUGCUAAUGUUGCUUAAAAAAAUCAGACCAAACAUCACUCUUUUGACCGAAACCGUAAAGAUACUUUUAAAAUCCGGUUUGCAAGAACGGGCGUUUGAGAUUCUUCAGGGUCUACAUGAAAAUGGCUAUUUGGUAAAUAUUGAAGAGUUAAUUUUGUUUCUUUCCCAGAGGAAAGAGUUUUCUGGAGCACGUGAAUUGUUACUUUUUAGCCUAAAUAAUGGUCUUAGUGUUGGGAUAGAUAUGUGCAGCAAUGUGUUGACUGCACUUUGUAAAGAAGACAGUAGAGCUCUAGAAGCCUUUGAGCUUUACUAUGAGUUGGUGGAAAGGAAAAUUGAAGUGCCUUUGGAGUGCUUAGAGGAUUUAAAACAUAGACUAGAUGUGGAGGGAAGGUCUAAAGAAGCUGAAUUUGUUGCCAAGAGGAUGAUACCAAAACUUCUUGGAAACUUAAUAACAUAAUUUGUUGCAGAAAGAAACUCAAGCCCCAUUUGUGAAACCUUUGAAUGGAGACUAUAGGUAGAAGGUCAUUCCUCUUGUUGAUUAUUCCCUUAUUCUCAAUAACUGUUCUUGAAGGAAAAUUUGACUCUUAAGAUAUACAUUGUCUUGUUAAAUCCAGAGACAUCUAGUGUGUGGCGUCAUCUUAUCGGCAAUGCCUUCAGAGAGAUCAGAUUAUCAAAAUCUCCCAGAAAUGGAGAGCUUGAUCUGCUCCAGCUGAUACCACAGUUAAUCUAUCCAGGCUCUUCAGCGGAUUGAAUUGAAAACAGGAGCAAAGCACAAUCUAUUUGAGCAAUUUCAGAAGACGAGU